GACGUCAUUGACUGAAGCAGGAAGAGGGCAGGAAUUAGCUUUCCCCCAGGGCCCAGAUUCGACGCCUACCGAUCCAGCGGCUGCUCAUCAAUCUUAUGCCCCGUCCCAAAAAUAUGCGUUGUCUAUUUGUAUGUUUUUAUUGUGUAAAAAUUAUGAAAAUGAGUCAAUGAGAUUGUUGCCAGUUUACUUCUGCGUUAUGGGCCGAUUUGCUUGUAGAUCUUGAAUUUGCAUUGGACGAUUUGUGCAGUAAACACCACCCGGAUGCGCUAUGCUGCAAUUGGAAUUGUUGGCUGCAGAAUUACAACGUUAACUCAGCUGGAACUGGAAAAUCGAAGGCGGGGGUUGCUGUUUCGGUGCUUGAUUAAAAAAUUAUCUUCGAAAAAUGGGCAAACCCAACCCGACCAGCGGAGGUAAUGAAUCUUUAUAUAGCUAUGCACCUAUUUAUGAGCUAAUUUGUAUUGAAACAACAAGGACAGACAGGAAAACCAUGUUGAUGCAAUGCCCUAUAUGUUAACAUCUGAAUAGACUAUGGAUUUUGAAUUCAUCAUGGCAUGUCUCUGGUUGUCCUUCAUGUAGCAUGCAUACAUUUAUGCCGGUUUGCCAUUAGGACAAAGAAUCUGUACCAAGGCACAACUGACAGAAACACAAUGGACUGCCGGUUUCUUCAUAACCCUUCAAAAAGUUGAUCUUUGCAAUGCCUUUUCGGAGAGUGCAGGUGUCCCAGAAGCCAAGAGAUGCAGUGUCUCGUCGGAGCUCUCAUAGUCCUUUGAGACAAUCAGCGAUGGGGAACAGACAACUUACCCCAUCGGCUCCACCUGGAAGAGGCAAAAAUUCCCUGUUAAACAAACCUACAAGGAAAAAUGUUCUUCAUGUGAAUAGAGCAGUUGGCGAUGGAGGAUUUCAGAAGAAGUCCUCGUCUGGAGCCGUAACAACGGUGGGAACAACAGGUAUGAUUCCUUUUCAAAGAGCUUCCAGAAGAGAACCACACGUAGAACCGCAAGCCACGGAAGUGUCUAAGAAGUUGGUGUCAAAGAAAAAUGAUGUCUCUCAUAGGCAGUCUCUUGAGCAGCAAGACAGUGGAACCAGCAACCUAACCAACAGCAAAGAAAGGAGCUCAGCAUCAACAUCAGACUCAAAGACUCUCCAAUCAGGAGGGUCAAAUACUAGAAGUGUGAGGCCCAAACUGAAGCGACCAUCUGUUCCCAAAGAUCAGAUAAAAACUAGUCGAUCUUCCCAAAAGACUUCCAAUCAUACAGGUGCCAUUAAUGUUGAUUCAGGUGCUAAUGGUAGAAACCCAAGUGAGGUGGAAUUGGUCAAUGUAACCUCCACGAGUCCCAGAAGAAGAAUUGUAAGGCGCAAAUCCCAAACCACAGCAGCUGAACGAAAAAAUGAUAAUGAUGAUGUUCACUUGGCUUCAUCAAUAAACGAAAAUGAAAGAACUAAUGAUGUAUCUCUGAGCUCAUUUGAAGUUAAUGGAGUUGAAGAUGACCAACUGGACAUUGUAUCUUUGUCACUUGACGUAGGAAACUCUCCCAAUAAUAAUAUACCAGUGCCGAGAACAGUUUCGCAGCCCUCGGAUGAGAACUUACCAGAAAGAACAGUAAGGAACAAUGCAAGUGAACAUUCAGAGGAAACACCAAGGCUAGAUAAUAGGAGACCAUUGUCUCGAUCACAACCAUUGAAUCAGACCCUACCAGAAGGUUACCAUAGACCGGGAACUGCCAGACAAACUUCAAAUGAAGAGUCAGAGAACAAUCUAAGAAGACAAACUGAACUACCCUCUGAAAUGCUUCCUAGACCCCUGUCUCAAUUUGAGACUGGCAGACCGACUUUUCAACCAGCGACAGCUAUAGCAACAGAUUUUCAUGAAAGUUCUCAGGUCACAUCGGGUCAAGACAGGCAACCAAACAGUGUCAGAAGAAGCCUUGAAAGAUUAGGAACUGGAUCAGAAAGAAGUAUUACGGGUGAAAGAUCAAGGCUUGCCCGGCAAAGUGCAUUAGGUUUGUCAUCGCGAGGUAGACCAAGAGAAAUGAUUGAUGUCAAUUCAGCAGUAUCAGAAUUGACCACAACUGUUCCUCAAUCUCCCAGAACACAACCUGGAAGAGUUGGUAGAAACUCUAGGUUAGAGGCGAGUACUGCAUCAACUGAAGAAGAUGUAUGGGUUCCUCGACUAAGACCAGAUAGUGGGGAUUCAACCUCUCCCCUUCAUGAUCAGAACCCUAACUCUUCAACCCAAUUGCCAUUUUCGUCAGAAGCAUCAAGUGUCCAUCACGGACGAAGUGAAUCCCCUAAUGUGGUGUUCAGAGACAGUCCUGUGACAGGGUUAUUACAUAGAAGACAUUCCAGGUUGUCAUCAUCUGAAAACGAAACAUAUCCCUCAGUGAGAAACACUACUAGAAAUGCCCCAACUGUUCCUAGCAGAAGUGGUCUCUACAGAGCCCUGUCACUCAAUAAUGACAAUACAUCUGCAAGUGAGUCAAAUGCAUCUGAAAUAACAACAACUAUUAUUCCAUCACAAAAUCAGAGAGGUACUAGGACAAAUAGCAGAAUUGGAAACAUCGACAAUGAUGAUGUUGCGAGCUGGAGACAAAUUGAAAGGGAGCACUCCUACCCAUCAAGGGAACCCAGACAACGCCUGAUCUACCAGGAUCGCAAUAGGGGUCAUGAGACAAUCCUUAACCGCAAUACGUCAGGACAUAGAAUUGUCCCACCCAGUAUAGAUUCAUUUCCAGACAUCAGUGAUGAGCAGGAAUUUCCUCCGCUUGGUAACCCUGCUUCUCCUGCUGGUGCUUUUAGAAAUGGCAGUGGCCAGGUUCAGACAUCGCAAGGUAGUGGUUCGGAUUAUGGUUUUACGGCAAGGAACAGAAGAAGUGAGACACCUCCACCAACACCAACACCUGGCAGGGAUCCCCCCGAAGAAAGAUUGACAGGAGAUGACCCUAUGCCCAUGGUAGACCACCUUGUCUUGUUAGCAUCCCCAAUCUUUGGUCCUCUUAUGCUGCAAGCCUCUCCCGCAGUUCUUUUCAACAUGCUAUCUCGUGCCAGAAGAGACUUUGGGGGAGAAUUUGUUGAAUUGCUGAUUGAGAAUGUAGUGUUGAACCUCCUUGCCCAGCACACGUUUGAUGGUGCCAACCAAACUCAGAACAACAAUGGAGCGCCCCCUCCAGCCUCACAGGAGACAAUUGAAUCCUUGGAAAAGGUUACUGUUACCAAGCAGAUGGUCUCUGAUGAUGCAUUCUGUUCUAUCUGCCAUUGCGAGUAUAUGAUGGAUGAAGUUCUUGAUCAGCUUCCAUGUAAACACAACUUUCACAACCAUUGCAUCACAGUCUGGCUUAAAAAGUCUGGAACAUGCCCAGUGUGUCGUCACAAGCUUUAUACAGACAGUGUGGACUAGCAGUCAUCGUACUAUUCACCAUCCAAACCCACGAUUAGGAUUGCUUUUAAAGUACACCGGCCUCUCUGAAUGAACACUGCAUGGUUGAAGAUAAACAUUAUUAUCCUACAUGUGGAAGGCAGAUUUAUUCAAGUGUACCUGUAAAUGUAAUGUGAAAAGACAUCAUUCUUUAUUGUGGCUCAAAAAUGUAUUUCUCUAUUUUUCAUACUGGCAAUGGCCGUCAUUGGGAAACUAAAAGAUUUUUCUGUUCUUAGGAAGGUGGUUAGAUGAUCAUGGAUGUUAAUUGUAUAAUCCAUUUUGUAUUACACACUGGAGAAGUCAGUUUGUAAAUUGAAGUCAGGAUUCAAAAUCAUAGUUUAGAUUUAUAAUGAAAAUCAGGUUUACAAAUGCACAUUGCUUGUCAAUGGAAACUGUUGGUGCAAAUGUCUUCCACGUACAGCCAUUACCGUUAUAUGUACAGUCCAUCACCAAUAAUGUGCCAUGAUAAGUUAAUUGUGUGAAUGACAAUCAAUUUCUUUCAAUAAAAAGAUUCUUUUGAAAGAAGGAAAGAAUCAUGUGCUGAAAAUAAUUUUAGCAUAAUAAGUUUAUAGAUCUCUGCCCUCCAAACAGCACUCAUAUUUGUCCAUCUGACUUGAUGAAACUCAAAUCAGGAAUAUCUGACCAUCAUAUCAUAAUAAAACUGUUCAACCUACACCAAGAACCAAAUAUUUAUUAUUGCUUUGCCAUAUUAAUAACUGUCAUCUUUAUACAUGUUAAAUGAUACAUUUUGUCAAGCUUAAAAUUCUCUUUCAUUUGAUAUAAAAAAAUAAUGUGAAUACUUCUUGCAUAAGAAGUAAAUGAUUUGAAGAGAAAGGUACCAAAAGUUGGUUUGGCAGGCAGUUUCCAUAUUUAAUAGGAAAUGCUAUAGAUAACAAGGUUUAUUAUACCUUUGAAAAUGAUGAUUUAAUCCAGAAAAAAUGAGCAAGGAAUAACAAAGAUCAUUCAUUUCAAAGUAGGGCUUGUGGUUCUUUUCUUUUUAAUAAUUUUUUUUCUUACUGACAACCACAGCCUACGAUAGGAUAAAAAAUAAUGGCUGAUCUUCAACAAAUCAGAAAGGUGAUGAAUGGAUGAAAAAAAAAUAUUACUGUUAGUCAUGCAGUGGAAACAUCUAAUUUUCCCAGAAUUAUAGAAAUGCUGGCAUGACUUGAACAAGUUAUUUCUCUGUCAAUUUUCUUGAUGGCAAGGUGUUGUAUCGUAAGGCAGGAAAUGAAAUAUCUGGAACUUUCAUGUUUCUUUGAAAUUUGAAUUCUACCCGCUAAAUGAUUUUUGGUACCCUCUCUACAAUUUAUCUUUCUCAUUCAUGCUUGUGAUUGAGGUAUAUUUAUAGAUUGCUAAUUCUCAUUUUCAUUUUUUUUCCUGAGACACACUGUAAAUCCCAUAUUGGAGUGAAGGAAACAAAAAAAAUGUCCAAAAUAUAUGCGUGUGUCACAUCAAUAAUCAGUCUACCUUCUUUGUCUCACCCACCCACUGGAGGUGAAGGUGAGACUAUGAGAUCCAAAUGGCAUCCAUCUCUUGUCCAUCCGACCUUCAUAAAUGUUAAAGUUUACCUGCAAAACUCUUUUAAUGAUGCAUAACUUUGUAAAUGUAAAUCAGCAAUCAAACGUGGGUGAUAGAUGUUCUUCGGGUACAUUCAUGUGGUCUCUGCAAUGGCAUGUAUGGUAUUGCGAUAAUUUUAGUUAGCUAUAAAUCAUGGACAUCAUUUUGAUCUAAGACCUCCGUAACAAGCUCUUAUAAUGUGUCAUGGUGCUUGCAGAUGUUUUAUCUCUGUAAAGUAAUAUAUAGAUAUUUUUAUUCUUAGGUGUAAAUACAGAUGUAUGUUCUUGUAUUAUAUACCAUUCACUGUAUCCUAUUAUAAAUGGUUCUACUAUGGAAAGAAACAAAUUUAUUCACUCGUGUCGGAGUGAAAAUAUUUUCCUGGAUAUUCAUGAACUUCCUAUGGAAAAAUGUGUAUGUACUCUACUGUAUGUGAUAGAGAGUGAUUUGUUUUGGGUGCUAUGCCUUCUUUGGAAGCAGAUUAAUAAAGAGCUUUUGGUAAUAUCAUUCAUUAAAAAAACGGAAAGUGAAUAAUGCAUUCCUAAGACCCAGUGAAAAUUUGAACAGAAAUCAUUAUUAUUCAAUUCUUUUUACUAACUUUACAAGAGUUUCGAUUGAACGGUUAUUUUUCAAACCAAUUAGCUGUCUUUGGUUUCUCUAUUUCAAAUGCAGUGGCAUGUUAAGGGGGCAAGAGGGGCAUGUGCUCAGGUGGCUUAAAAAAGGACCCCUACCCCACAAAAAACAAGAACAAAUUGAGCAAGAUAGGCUAUAGGUUUCAGAAUGUAUGAUUUCAAAACAAUUGACGUUGGAAGGGGCUCAAUAUAAGCACUUGGCCUUGGGAUAAGCCGUUAGCUGAUUUUCUUAGAUAUGCCCCUGUGUAAAUGUGCACUGAGUAACAAAGGGAUCCACAAGUGUUGAUUUUCAUGAUUUUUUAGUCCCACUUCUAGGUCACUAAAUACUUAGCUUGGUCAUAGAUAUAUCUUAGGAGUGUGAUUGACUACUCUCUAAACAAUUACAAAAAAGAGAAAAACUAGUGAAAAUAAAGUACAAAGCCAAAGGAAAAUGAUGAAUAAGACAUCGCACAGAUCUUGAAAAACUGGAUAAAGAUUUAAACUAAAGUUUAAAAACAUAUAGCUACAAUACAAAUAAUACAAUUUCAUUCAAUUUUUUACUGGUGGGCUUAUCGAUAUAUUCCUCAUUGAAUCAAUCUCGUUUUCUGUGGAUUUGUAUAUAUUCAGGUAAGCAGAAGAAAGCUUGAUUAAGCCAUUUAAUUAAAGUGAAUUUUCUCUUCCACUCAUUUACAUUAUCUUAAUUUCAUUGUGUUUUUCAUUGGACAUCAAUUGAGUUGUACCAAUUGCAACAUGGCCUUUUCUUGUGGAAAUAGUAUAUUUUGUCCUCUUGAAAAAAUCUUGCCUUUGUCAUUAACUAUUGUAAGUACUUGUAAUUGGUUUUACCUAUGUUUCAGUCUUUCAUUGUCAAUAAAGAUCUGGCAGAUUGUAUUGUUAUUAUCAUUUUUUUUUUUACUAAUGUUGAACAUUGCAUUUGAAAUACAUGUCCAUGUACAGCAAUAUUUUUUUUUUCAAUGUGAAAUAUUGAACCACACUGUCUUAUUUUCAUCAUUUCAUCAUGGUAAGAUCAAUUUAUUUGUGUGUACUUUGUUAUGAGAAGAUGCUAUUACUCCUGCCUUUUGUAUUAAACAUGGACAAGAGUACACAAGUUAGUUUGCAUAUCAUCUUAUGAAUAUAUUUCUCAAAAAUGCCUCGUACAUGUUUGCAUUUGUAACCAAAGGUAACUAUGGGUCAGAAAAGGAAGUAAAUUGGAGCAAGUAUGUACGUUUUGUUUUCUGUAGACCUACUCAUGCAAGUUUUGUAUGAGGAAGAUAGCCUUUUGUAUUCCAUGUGCAGUGAUAUGUUGAUUGUUACUGAGUUGAUGUCUGUAUGAUAAGUUAACUUUAUUUUUGCUGAUAUUGCUUUACUGGUGCAGUGAGUUUUAUUUUCGCCAUAUAGGUAAAUAAUUGCUGCCCCCAGAACUAAAGGGGAAGGAGAGAGAAGGGGGGGGGGGUACUUUUUACAUGUCCUCCUAAACGAAUAUUUUCUUUAUGCAAAACAUACUUAUGUUGUCAUUUCAUCGUGAAAAAGUAUACAACAGAUGUUAUCAACAUGAACAUCAUUGUAAUAAUGAUACAUGAAUUGUCUUGGUUUGAUUCAAUGUGUGAUUAAAAUCAAGAGAUCUUGGAACGAAUGGAGAACUUCA